AUGUCGGCACCACCGCCUCAACCACCGGGAGGGUACUCACUCUUUCCGAAUCCUAACAGCAAGCCUCCAACAACAAAACGGCCAUCCUCAAGAACGAGGAGGUCAGAAUCCCGCGAGCGCUCACGAACCCGAGCGCCUACGCCCGGCGCCGAGGCGACCACUUCAUCGGCCCCUCAUGCCAUUGAUACUUCGCCGCCUCGCCAAGGCCGCAGACACAGACAAAGGCCUUCGAUCGAUACCACAGUCUCACCACAGACCAUCCAUCAGUCCCCGACGGACGACGUGCAGAUAGCGGUAGCUACACGCGUGGUGGCCCCAAUUCAUGUGCAAAGACCACCACCCGUCGCAGAUAUUCCGCCUCGUUCGGACACGGCCUUUUCGGAGGCCCAGACUCUGGUUCGCAGCAGCAGCACUCGAUCGCGCAGCUCCAUAGCCAAACUGCCUCUGCGAGAGGAACCCUCUUUGGCAGGGCAGCCUUCAAGGCCUCAACCCGCCAUUAGGUCUAUCUUCCCGCAGUACAACCCAGAGGUGUCUCUGAACCAGCAAGACUACUUCCCGACUCAGACAAGCCCAACGCACAUCCCCCGUGCGGUCAUUAGCAGGAUGACCUACCAACCGGAGGACCACCACGUCGAGGCUUCGAGUCCAGCGGUUGUAAGCCCAAUCGCGAGUCCGUCAGCCGCGUCUCAACCUGCACCACCCGCCCCAUCUCAGGCCCAGGCCCAACGAUGGCCUCCGAGGAACCACGAGAUUCCCACUCUUCCGGUUGAGUCUUCCACAGAGCAGCUGAAGAACUUGUGGAAGGUCGUCAAUGGCUGGAAAGCCUCACCCUCUGACGGGCGAGUCUUCUGCAUGAAGCUCUCUCAGGAGAAGGACGCUCCCGUCUACACGCUAUCCUCCAAACAACAGCCAUUCUACAAUAUGCGUCUAGACCCUACCUCUGCCUCGGCUAUUGUAACACUUAGUCGACAUGACCCCAACAAGCAGUACAAAGCCGCCAGCGCCUCCACAAACUCGUCAGCGAGUAGCAUCAUCAACAAUGUCGUAGGAAGCAAAGAUGCGAACAAGAACUCCGACAGUAAGAAUUGGCAGGAAGUCAUCAGCACAACGCUUGAGGAGGAGUCCCGUCGGCAUCGCCCCAACGAUGGCCUCGUUGCUCUUCUCUACCCUGCUGCUGCACAAAAUGUGGCGCUGAACCGGCCUGAUGAUGCAAAUGCCAUCGCCAUGGCCGAGACAGAAUGCACUCGUCUCGUCUGGGAUGAUGAUUCGGGUUCCCACUUUCUCGUUCAUCCUGCCCUCGCAACGCCUUUCUGCAUCACUAUCGAGCGCAAUGCCGCCUGGAGCCGCACCGAAUACACGCUCGAGCACCAUGAGAGCCCACAGCACCUGGCCAAGCUUACCCGUGACGGUACUGGCUCGGGUUGGCUCGAAGUCGACACCGCCAUCGCCGCCAAGAUUGAGAGCUUCUUCAUCGUCGAUGUCGCUGUUGCGGCGCUGCUGCUCGUUGCUGCUGGCGACGAGCGGACGGCGCACGUGGAGACGUUUGAACCCCCGCCGCUGCCGCCUACACUAGAUACUGCUAGCGGCGAUGGACGGUCAAGUCGUCUCGGCGGCCGCAGCGGCAAGAAGAGCAGCAAGCGCAAGAUGGAGGCGUUCGAGAUUGACGUUGAGAGCCAAGACGGCGGGUUUGCCAAGUUUGAGCAAGUGACCAAAGAGACGCGCCGGAUGCUGCCGUGGCCGCUGAGGGCGGCGCUCAAAGUGCUCGGCGGGAUUUUCAAGUGCUUCGUGUGGUGUCUGACCAUCAUGUUCAAAGCACUCGCGGCGGUUGUGGUCGGGCUGGCUCGAUGUGUCGGGGUGAAAUAG